UGCGCAUGCGCGGGGUUCAGCCUCCGACAACAAGAAGCAGGAUCCAGGCAACAUGGCCGACCUGGGCAAGAAGUACUGCGUGAACUGCCUGGCGGACGUCACCAACCUGCGGCUCCGCUGCACCGACUGCCCCGAUAUCGAGCUGUGCCCGGAGUGCUUCUCGGCGGGGGCGGAGAUCGGGAACCACCGGAGAUGGCACGGCUACCAGCAGGUCGACGGCGGCCGCUUCUCCCUCUGGGGUCCCGAGGCAGAGGGAGGAUGGACCAGCAGGGAAGAGCAGUCGCUCCUCGAUGCGAUCGAGCAGUACGGGUUUGGAAACUGGGAGGACAUGGCCGCUCAUGUUGGAGCAUCACGUACCCCUCAGGAAGUCAUGGAACACUAUGUCACCAUGUACAUCCACGGAAACCUGGGUAAGGCCUGCAUCCCUGACAAUAUUCCCAACCGGGUAACCGACCACACCUGCCCAAGUGGGGGUCCCCUGUCGCCCAGCCUGACCACCCCUCUCCCCCCACUGGAUAUCACCCUGGCUGAGCAGCAGCAGCUGGGCUACAUGCCUCUGCGUGACGAUUAUGAGAUUGAAUAUGACCAGGACGCAGAGAAGCUCAUAAGCGGCCUCUCCGUGAACUACGACGACGAGGACGUGGAAAUUGAGAUGAAACGUGCCCACGUGGACAUGUAUGUGCGGAAGCUCCGAGAACGACAGAGACGUAAAAACAUUGCCCGAGACUACAACCUGGUGCCUGUGUUCCUCGGCCGAGACAAGAAAGACAAGGAGAAGGAGAAACCAGGAGCACAAGGAGUUGUGGGCACUGCUAGUGGUGUGGGCGGGGCGGGAGCUGGCGGUGGCACGAUCGGAUCAGGUUUGGCAACUGCAGCAGGAUCAGGCUCUGUUCCAAGUACACCCAAAAGAAAGAUCACCAAGGAAGAGAAGGAGCAGCGAGUGAGGCUGCGGGGGCUGUGCCAGUUCAUGGCCCAUCGGGAGUUUGAAGACUUCUUCGAGAACAUGCAUAAAGAGCGCGGGCUGAGGGCCAAGGUGCGUGAGCUGCAGCGCUACCGUCGAAACGGCAUCACCCGCCUGGAAGAGUCCGCCGAGUAUGAAGCCGCACGCCACAAACGGGAAAAGCGCAAAGAGAACAAAAGUGUGGUCACCUCCAAACGGGGCAGCGGAGGAGGAGGCGGGCUUGGCUCGGGGAUGGGGCUCGGAGGUGGAGCUGGAGGGGGAGGAGGCAUUGCUGGAGGGUUAGGGGUAGGAGGCGGGAUCAAAGAAGAAGGCAAAGAUGGCGAGUUUGCUGCCAUCGAGAAUCUGACAGGCUUUGAGCUGCUGUCGGACAGAGAGAAGGUCCUGUGCAACUCUCUCAACCUCAGCCCAGCGCGCUACCUGACUGUCAAAACCAUCAUCAUCAAAGAUCACCUGCAGAAACGGCAAGGCAUCCCCGCCAAGAGCCGACUACCCAGCUACCUGGACAAAGUCCUCAAGAAGCGCAUCCUCACCUUCCUCACAGAAAGCGGCUGGAUAUCCCGAGACGCCUCCUAGCAUAUUCCUUUGGUCAGGCAGCUGAUAGCUGAUUGGAUAUAAACUGUGGAGGCCGAACAAAACUACUGGGAUUCACCAUUUUUUUAUUCAAAGGUGACUUUGUGAAUAUGUACAUUGCAAAGAAGGAGGAUGCUGGGAAAAACACUUAUUUUCAUACCAAGGCUGGGAAGAAAAAUAAGCCUUUAUUUUUGCAUUUGGAAAGGGACGGGUUGAAUAUGAAUCUGUGGGUUCACAGUAGGUUUGUGUCCAUAUUGUUAUUACACGAUGAUAUUGACCCUGCUAACAAACAUAAUGUAGUUAUGGAGAUACUGAAGUGUUAUUGCAACAGCUUCAUUUAAGAUGCCUAAGGAGAUGUAUUUAAAAUCUAACUUUACAUCUGCUGGAAGUGGAGCGUUUCACACCUACGUUUAAAAUAAUCACCAUUGUGGUUUGUGAUUCCUGUCAACUUUGUUUCCUGUUUCAUCAGUGAAAGCUGGAUUCGGUAACUUUCCCACAAGAAGUAGAGCUGUCUGAUACUUUUAAGGACUUCAUUUCCCAGAAGCUGUCGUUUUUUUUAGUCCCGUUUCUUUCUUAAUGGCGACAAGGGAAGGAAAAGAAAAAGCAGAUCGUCGUUGUUUGUUAGUAUCAUGCCUCAACAAACGCAUUAGCAUGAAGCUAAAAAAAACCUUAUCAAAGAUUGCUUAAGUAUCGGUAUGGGGGGGGUUGGCCAGUGAGUAAACAAUAAGUGCCAAAGAUAUCAGAGGAGAUAAUGUGGAGGUCAGUGUUGCAUUACAGAGUCUGUCCAUCAGAGAGCGCUGUCAAAUUCUUUCUUUUCAAACGCAAAACUUCCCACAAAUGGUUCCUGAGAAACAAAUAUUCAUUCAAAUUAUAUUUGUAUUUUUAAAAAAGAAAUCUCUAGGUAUUAUUUAUUCAGAUUGUGAAUGUCAAAUCCUGACAGUUACAUUUUUCCAACUAAGCUCAGUAACACAGAGAAAAACUGAAAUACUGGGAACUUCAUGUAUGAGCCAUGCACUACAGGAGAGCAUUAGGACCUGGCUUAAGAAAAAUCCAUUUUGUGUUUUGAUAACGAAUGUUCAUUUCAAGAUUAUAGUCGAACUUUAAGAAUAAAUCAAAAGCAUCUGACUGCCUCUUAAAAACACCUUACCUGGAUGAGCCGGCUUCAGAAUGAGUUUUAGUAACAGGGAAAUUAUUUUUCUUUUAGCCAUAAACACAGUGUGAUAAUCAUUAUUAGAUUUUAGAUGUAGUCUGUUCAGGAGGAGAAACUCCACAAGCAGCUGCCAGAGACUGUUCUUGACAUUUCAACUUUAUUUUUGACAUUUUGACUUUAAUCUGAAAAUUUCUUCUGACUUUUUUUCUUAUUCCUAACCCUAGUGCUCUACUGUAAUUUACUAAUGGUGACAAGCUGAUCAAAAAACAUCUAUUUAGGGCCACAAAUCUAUUUCAGCCUCACAAAUGAAACUCCACAUUUGGUCAAAUUCAUCAUAAAGCUCUCUCUCUCUCUCUCUCUAUCUCAAAGAUUCACACAAUUGCAAUGACAAGGGACACAUCUGUAAAUGCAGACUGGUCGAAACAGCACCUUGGCUAACAGAAAGGAUCACAAGAGCUCACAGGAAACAUUUCGGGGCGCGUUCUAAUACGAGGUGUGAACAGGAGAGGUUGGGGCUGACCACUUGUGAUCAGAACUCUCAGGACGGAUGUACCGGCUGGAACAGGGCCCAUGACAACACACUGACUAACUAUAAAGCCUGAUUUCGUUCCUCCACAAAACUAUCCAUUCAUCCAACAAUUACUAAACUUGCUGGCAUCAGUACAGCUCCAACCCCCCCCCCCCCCCAGCAACCCCCAAAGGAUAAGCAGUAGAACGGAUGGAUAGCUUUGACACCAAAUGUGUAUUAAUCCGCCACGGGAAAUAGUCCUCAAAGUCAUUUGCCAAAAAAAAUUAUAUCGUGGGAAAAAAAACUACAGCUGUUUUAAGAAAAUGUACAUUUGCACACAGGCUCGAUGAAUUUUAAGAAAAGUUUUGUUUUGCUUGGUUUGUUGACACUAAGAAAAACGUAUCUUUUGGAUUUCUCUUUGCAGUAGAACCACGCAGCAACACACUGACAAUUCAAUAGAAAAACCGUCACAGUGAUUCAUUUUUAGACUUAGACCCAUUUCAAACAUGUUGUGUUUAGAUGUAUUAGUCGACUGUCACGGGUUGGUUGAAGCAUUGUAUUGUUAAAAUAAGACAUAAGCUUGUUUUGUUCAGGGGUCGGCUCAUAGGGCCAACAGUCCGUCUGACUCAGUGUGUCAGAGAGGCGAUGCUAAUAUCCCUCCUGUAACAACGUUGACAGCGACGACAUUGGCAGCUGAAGCUAUCUGAUGCUUUGUCAUUUUUCUCUUCUCCAGAUUUUGCCGGUGUCAUUCUGUCUGUGCUCCCGAAUGUUCCAAAGUGUUGUGGCGUAAAUGUCUCAAAAGGAAAAUAUGGCCGUCAGAUUCUUGUUGUUCCCAUUGGAGGGAACGAUGACUUUUGUAUGGGUGGAGGGUGGGGAGGGGGUCGCUCACUUUAUGUCACCAACUGUAAAUACGUUUGUAAGAUACAUUGAAAAAAAAAAAGAAAGUAUAAUUACUGACCUGUGAAAUGUACAGUAUUUUUGUCAUUGAAUUUUUUUUUAUAGUUUUUUGUAAUUAAAAAAAAUCAGAUGACAAAAGAAUGAUUUUCUGAGGCUUUUGGUAUCGUGAUGGCGUUUGGUCAUGUUACCGGUCUGAUACUGUUGAGGUGUGUUAGUGACCCGUCACCUUGUUGUCGCACACGACGAGGUUUGUAUGGAGAUUUAUUAAAAGUGCCACUACUUUAUUAUUCUAAAUGGUCCUGUUUCAUCUUCAACACAUUGUAGUCGAGGACUUGUUCAUCAAGGUGUGGACGUCUGAGCAUCGUUUAGAUGAGGUCACAUUGGUUACGAUGUUUGAAAGAAAUUUUAUCAUAGAAAUUUCAGUUUUCAGUUAGUAGGGCAAACAGUACAGUAGACAUGACCUGUACCGAGUAAUUUGAUUACAGUAAAUCAAAAAAAUACAAACUGACAGUUGGUUUUUGCAUGUUAUUAGAUUUUCUGACUUCCUUAACCAAGUGUGGCUUUGGGUGGAGUUCAAAUUAGCUCUGUGUUACACUGGACUAAGAUAUCAGGUUUUGGAUUAGCCCUAAUUUAUAAAAUCAUUUAAUUAACUUGGACAUUUGGAACUCAUGGAAUUUGUAGUUGGUGUAUUUAUCAACACCCUUAUUCUUUAAUGUGAGUAAAACGAGUCCACUGUCAUGUGAAGUACUUCUACUAAUGGCAGGUAGAGGCUGAUUGUUUCACUUGAAGACACAAUGAAUAUGAUCAAGAGCUUAUGUUUCAUUUAUUUGAAGAUAAAAUGUGUAAAAGGAACAAGUCUUUCAGAUUAUUGUGAUACUGUGACAGUCUGGACAAACUGGUCAAAACACUUCUUUAUUCUAUUGGUUUAUAGAUAUGUGACUGUUUCA